CCCACCAGCUGAGCUUCCCCAGUGACAGAGGGAACCAAAAUGGCGCCGAGAGGGAGCCUCUGGGUCGGGGCCCAGAUGGGGCUCCCACCGCUGCUGCUGCUGCUGCUGCUCACCUUGGCCCUGGCCGGCGGCUCCGGGACCGCUGCGGCGGAAGCUUUUGACUCCGUCCUGGGCGACACGGCGUCUUGCCACCGGGCCUGUCAGUUGACCUACCCCUUGCACACCUACCCCAAGGAAGAAGAGUUGUAUGCAUGUCAGAGAGGUUGCAGACUGUUUUCCAUUUGUCAGUUUGUGGAUGAUGGGAGUGAUUUAAAUCGAACCAAAUUGGAAUGUGAAUCAGCAUGUACAGAAGCAUAUUCCCAAUCUGAUGAACAAUAUGCCUGCCAUCUUGGCUGCCGCAGUCAACUACCGUUUGCUGAACUGAGACAAGAGCAUCUCAUGUCCCUGAUGCCAAAAAUGCAUCUGCUCUUCCCUCUAACUCUGGUGAGGUCAUUCUGGAGUGACAUGAUGGACUCUGCACAGAGCUUCAUAACCUCUUCAUGGACCUUUUAUCUUCAAGCUGAUGAUGGAAAAAUAGUUAUAUUCCAGUCUAAGCCAGAAAUCCAGUAUACGUCACAGUUGGAGCAGGAAUCUACAAAUUUGAAAGAAUCAUCAUUAAGCAAAAUGUCCUCAGAUCUGCAAAUCAGAAGUUCACAAACACACAGGAACUAUCUUGAAGAUGGAGAAAGUGAAGGCUUUUUAAGAUGCCUCUCCCUUAACUCUGGGUGGAUUUUAACCACGACUCUCAUUCUCUCCGUGAUGGUAUUGCUCUGGAUUUGUUGUGCAACUGUUGCUACAGCUGUGGAGCAGUAUGUUCCCUCAGAGAAGCUGAGUAUAUAUGGUGACCUGGAGUUUAUGAACGAACAAAAGCUAAACAGAUAUCCAGCUUCUUCUCUCGUGGUUAUUAGGUCUAAAGCUGAAGAUCAUGAAGAAGCAGGACCUCUGCCUACAAAAGUGAAUCUUGCUCAUUCGGAAAUUUAAGCUUUUUCUUUAAAAAUAAACAACAGCAAUGAAGCAAUGACAACAAGAAAUAUGUAAUAGACAUCUAAACUUUCAUUUCUCCUAGAGCUUUUAAGAGUGGUUUCAUUGGAUACAGGGCUUAAAAUCACUAUGAAAUGCAAAUAAAGUUACUCAAAAGUUUGAAGACUA